AUGACGACGAAGCUUGGAUGGCGAGAGCUUUUCGUGAUACUCACAGUACUUCCCUGCUGCUGGAGUUUGCAGGUUUCUAUCGCAGAGAGAGAAUAUGAGGCUGCGAGAGGAAGUGAAAUUACUUUGAGCUGCUCCUUCACCCCCGCCAGACCCAUCACCAACGCACUCGUCCUCACAUGGGAAGCCUACCCUAAAAAAGCUGGUGAACCAAUGGACUUAGUGGCCACCUACUUUAUAAACAAUCCGAUUGACAUAGCACCUAAGUAUGAAGGCAGAGCCUUUGUGGAGGUUAACCAUCAGGUGAGCACACUGCGCUUGACAGGAUUGACCAUGCAGGACAGCCGCAGUUACCAAUGCAGUGUCAUGAUCCCCAAUGAUGAUGAGGGAACAACAGCUGCCACCACUUCCCUUUUGGUCCUGGUGCCCCCCUCCCCACCGAUCUGCCAGAUUCAGGGAGAAGCAGCGUACUGGCACAACAUCAGCCUCACCUGCAUGUCUGAGGAGGGAUCCCCACUACCUACAUAUGAAUGGAAGAGAUUCAGUGUCCAAAACAUUCCCAGACCAUUUCCACUUAAAACAACUGAAAAGGAUGGAGCUCUAUCUCUCUUCAAUAUUUCAAGCGAGACGUCUGGUUUCUACAUAUGCACAUCAAGAAAUCAAAUUGGUGUUGCCACCUGCAACUUCACUUUAGCUGUGACGCCCGGCGGCAUGAACGUUGGGUCCACUGCAGCUAUCAUUGGAGGAGUCCUCGCAGGCGUCGCGUUGCUGGGGAUUGUCGUCUUCUGUUACUGCAAGAAAAAGGGCAAAAAGGACAAGAAUGCUGAAGGUUCUCCUGGAGAAGUGGCGUUUUAUGACAGAGACGCUCCUGAAGCUGGAGAGCAGUACCGGGAUGAGAAUUCAAAGGACGAGACAAAGCAGGUCAACCAGCAGGAAGUCAAAGGCGUUGUUCCUCAAAACUAUUACAGCGUUGGAGCACCUGCACACCAGUUAGAGGACGAUCCACACAGUUAUAAUAGUGGUAAAGAAAGGCAUGAUGGCAAGGGCAGUGACGUUGACUCUCGCCAUAAUCAGGACGACCAGCAUGAUCGCAUUCGUGGAAGUCGUGAUCGCCUCGACGAUGAUCGUAGCCGUCGCAAUCGUCUUGAUGAUGAUCGUGAUCGUGGCAGUCGCGAUCAUCUUGAUGAUAAACGUAACCAUUACAGUGGAAGUCGUGAUCGACUUGGUGACCAGGGUGAUCGUUCUGGUGGCAGUCGUGAUCGCCUUGACGAUCAACGCGAUUAUUCCGUUGGUAGUCAGGACCGCCUUGACAAUCGCCGUGAUCGUUAUGGAGGCAGUCGGGAUCGCCUUGACGAUCAACGCGAUAAUUCCGUUGGCAGUCGUGAUUGUCUUGACAAUCAGCGUGAACGUUACGGAGGCAGUCGUGAUCGCCUUGACGAACGACAUGAUCGCCACGGUGGAAGCCGCGAUCGCCUUGACGACCAAUACGAUCGUCAUGGUGGAAGCCGCGAUUAUACUGACGAUCAAAACAGAAACCGGUAUUAAUAACCUUGUGUUACUGAUUGUUCUUUUAAAGCCCUAAAAAUAUUUUGCUCUUUUAUUGAUGCACUAUUUCCUUGGCUUGUUUGAUUGUGUCUGGUCACGUCAU